AUGGGCGUUCAAUGCCCAAAACGGGGAGAGGCCAUAAACGUCAAUCCAAAGGACGUUUCCGCCAGAUACCCUGAUAACCCCUUUCCAGUUACCCUGUAUACUCAUCCUGCACUGCCAAAAGCCCCAGAAUAUAAGGGUAAGCUACCAUACCCUCAGAAACUCCAGAAGGCAAAAAAGAACAAGCAAUUUGCCAAGUUCCUGGAAAGAGAGGCAGAAAUAGUUGUGCUCACCAAAGAAUGUAGUGCAAUCAUUCAGAAGAAUCUACUGAAGAAACUGCAAGACCCUGGGAGCUUUAUAAUCCCCUGCACCAUUGGAAACACUUGUAUAAAGAAGGUCUUACACGAUCUUGGAGCAAGUAUCAACUUGAUGCCAUUAUCAUUAUUGAGGAAACUCCAAAUUCAAGAAAUCAAGCCCACCCGUAUCUACCUCCAACUUGCUGACUACUCAGUCAAGUUUCCAGUGGGAGUGGUGGAAGACAUGCUUAUGAGGGUGGGACCCUUUUCCUUUCCUGUGGAUUUCGUGAUACUGGAUAUGGAGGAGGACAAGAAUGCAUCUAUCAUUCUAGGAAGACCUUUCCUAGCCACAGGGCGAACCAUCAUCGAUGUCCAAAAGGGGAAAGUGACACUAAGAGUCAAUGAUGAGGAGGUUGUACUGAAUGCAGUCGAGGCCAUGCAACACCCAAAUCCCCCGGAGGAGUAUAUGAGGAUAGAUGCCAUAGAGCCCCUGGUUGAAAAAGUGUUUGAGGCUGAAACACCUGAAGAGGAACUAGACACAAUUCUUGAAAAUAUUCUGCCUGAACUGGAUGAGCCGUGA